AUGGCUCUAGAAUGGGAGAAAAAGGCAGAAGCAAAGCGUCAAGCAAUUCUUGACUCCAUUCCGCAGAAAUGGCGCCUUGAUAGGAUCCCUUCUGCAGAGGAACAGAAAGACGUUACAGACGAGUAUAUUCGACAGUUUCUCAACAGUAAAGAAAUUGAGAUUACUGAAACCGAUGUUGGAGGUAUUGCGAAACAAAUUGCAGCAGGAAACUGGACUUCUGUUGAAGUGACUGAGGCGUUUUGCCAUCGAGCAUCUCUUGCCCACCAACUGGUAAACUGCGUGCACGAAUUCUUUUUCGACGCCGCUAUCGAAUCGGCCAGAGCCCUCGACGCUUACUUUGCUAAGCACAAGAAGACAAUUGGGUUGCUCCAUGGUGUACCCAUUUCUCUUAAAGAUCAACUUCAUGUCAAAGGAGUCGAGACGACCAUGGGGUAUGUUGGCUGGAUUGGUACAUUCCAAGGAAUUAAAGAUGAUCCAAGAAGGGGAACAUUUGAAAGUGAAAUAGUCAGAGAACUUCGCAAUCUCGGCGCUGUUUUCUACUGCAAGACGAGCUGCCCCCAAACAUUGAUGUCCGGCGAGACUUUCAAUAACAUUAUUGAGUAUACAUGGAAUCCGAAGAAUCGCUUUCUAUGCUCAGGCGGCAGUUCUGGCGGCGAAGGCGCCCUAAUCCGCUUAAAAGGCUCUCCGGGUGGGCUUGGAACAGACAUCGCCGGCUCAAUCAGAAUGCCCGCCGCAUUUAGCGGAACAUAUGGUAUUAAGCCAACGUGGGACCGGUUGCCUAGAAGAGGAGUAGCAACCUCUGUAUAUGGUCAGAAUACCGUUUCGUCUUCCAUCGGACCAAUGGCUACAACUGCGGCGGGAACUAAACUGCUCUUCCAAGCAAUAUUGUCCCAGCAACCAUGGUUAUACGAUCCUCGGGUUGUUGACAUGCCAUGGCGCGAUACAUUGGAAGCAGAAACCAAGGAACUCACAAAAGUGACCUCGAAAGGGCCACUUGUGUUUGGGGUCCUGAAAACUGAUGGAAUUGUCAACCCUCAGCCCCCUGUCGCUCGCGCCAUCUCGAUACUCACGGCGGCUCUCACAAAAGCUGGACAUAGAGUCGUUGAAUGGACGCCGCCAGCUAAUUCUCAUAAGGCGCUUAUGGGUGUUUUGGUGAAUUCAUGGCAAUAUGACGGAGGAAAGCAGGUUCAUGACGCUUUCGCUCUAUCGGGAGAAAAGAUCCAUCCACAGAUACUGCGACUGUUUGGAACCUCGCCAAAGGAGCCAUUGGACGGUAUUCAAAUUGCAGCAAACAACAUUGAGAGACGUCGUUUACAAAGCGAAUACAUGGAUUACUGGAACUCUACUAUUGAGAUAACUGGUACGGGUCGACCCGUCGAUGGCUUCAUUAGUCCAGUCGCACCUUUUGCGGCCGCAAGGCCUCAAAAGUAUAGAUAUUACGGCUACAGUGCAUUUGUCAAUGUAUUGAACUAUACGAGUGUCAAUGUACCCGUCACUCUUGCGGAUCAGAACAUUGACAAGUAUGAUCCAGGUUAUACUCCUUUGAACGAGGUUGACGGAGCUACUAUGGAAGACUACGAUGCAGAAUUAUAUGAUGGAGCGCACGUUGGCUUACAGAUUGUAGGGAGGAGUUAUACCGAAGAGAAGAUGCUUGUCAUUGCUGAGUAUGUAAGCGAAUUGUUAUCUCAAGAGCAUACUUAG